AUGUCUUCAAGUAAUUCUGAUUCUGAAACUCAAGAAGAUAUUACUAAAAUAAAAGUUAAAAAAGAACAUGCAAAUCUCACGUGGUUCAGAGAAAAUGAUAAUACAAAUUUUCGUAGACCAAUCAUGUAUCUUGAUGAUGAUGGACACAUUACCGAAUAUACUCAAAUCAAGUUGAGCAGUAAACAAAACGCCCUUCUUGAUAGAAAACACCGAGAAUUCUUGAAGCUGCAUAAAUUUAUUCUUGAUAAAGAAAACAAUAUUAUCAAAGAAACCAGCAAAGAAUAUUUACUCGAAUUACUUUAUCCAGAAGCUAAAUUAGCAAACAUCAGAUUUAAGAAUGGUUAUCCAUUCGAUUUACGUGAAUGUAAUAUCAAGAUUGUUUAA